ACCAUGUGACAAAGAAGAAGAGAAUCUUAUCUAAGCGUGACACCAAAUACAAAAUAAGCAAAGAUGGCCUCGAGUGGCGACGAAAAUCAGGUGGCUCCUGGAGAUCCGGUGACGGUUUCCACACGCAUGAUUGAUGCCGGAACUACGAUCAUGCAGAGGAGAUUACCAGUGAAGCAAAUGAACUGUCAUGUUUCGACGUUUGCGAUUUACAGUGGAGAUAUGUCCAGGCAAAUAGAGACUCACCACUAUGUUCACAGAGUCAACGACGAGUUCCUCCAGUGUGCGGUUUACGCCUCUGACCGUUCUGAUGCACCUCUCAUCGGAAUUGAAUAUGUAAUAUCAGACCGGUUAUAUGAAAAUCUGCCUCAAGAUGAGCAAAAGCUUUGGCACUCUCAUGCUUACGAGGUUAAGUCAGGUUCGUGGGCUUAUCCACGAUUGCCUGAGAUUUUAGCUACUCCAGAGCUCAAGAACAUAGCCAAAACGUACGGUAAAUUUUGGUGCACCUGGCAGAUAGACCGAGGUGACAAAUUACCAGUGGGUGCACCGGAACUGAUGAUGUCACCACAAGGGGUAUUAAGGCCGGAGUUGGUUAAGAUCAGAGAUGAGAAGUACAACAUAUCGACCGAUGAGUUGAAACAUCAGAGAGCAGAGAUAGCCGAACCUGAGUGGAUCAAUCCGAUGGCAGAUUACUGGAAGCAACAUGGUAAGUGUUUCGUAAUCGAUAUUGCGACUGUCGAUAUGAAAAGUAACGAGAAAUUCCCUUGAACAAUGUAUUAUGAACAGGGUUUAUAAAUAAUAUAAUAAUGUCACACUUGUUUUCAUUUUUUGUCAAGAAGAUAAAUAUGAAAAGGUGUUACACGAGAA